CAUUAGUGAAGUUAUGCCUUUGAUCAUUAGUAAUACUUAGUCAGCUUUUGUAAAAGGUAGAAGCAUAAUGGAUAAUAUCUUAUUGGCUCAGGAGUUGGUUAGUGGAUAUAAUAGAACUCAUCUGUCAUCUCGAUGUGCAAUAAAAGUAGACAUCAUGAAGGCAUUUGAUUGUGUUAGUAGGCAGUACUUGUUUCGUAUGAUGCAUGCUAUGGGCUUCCCAGAGAGGCUUAUGACAUGAAUUAAGGCUUGUCUUCAAACUGCCCAUUACAGUUUUAAUAUCAAUGGCAGUUUAUGUGGAUUCUUUAGAGCUAGGAAAGGAGUCAGGCAAGGUGAUCCACUAUCACCAUACCUAUUUACCAUUGCUAUGGAAGGUCUAUCGACCAUGCUGAUGGCUGCUAGUCAAUCUGGAUUGAUUCCUUUCCACCCUCAGUGCCAGAGAAUAUCUUUAAACCACAUGUGCUUUGCUGAUGAUAUCCUAGUGUUUACUACUAGAUCGGCCCAAGCCAUCCUUCAAGUUAAAGAAGUUAACUUGAAGUAUAAGUUCUACCUGUUGUCUGGGAUCAAAAGUAAUCCUUCUAAGUGUGAAAUUUAUUUUGGAGGAGAGGCCAUCAAGUAUAAAAGUAAUGCUCUGUUGCUAUCUGGGUUUAAGGAAGGUGAGCUACCUGUCAGAUAUUUGGGACUGCCCCUAAUGUCUGGUAAACUAUCUUCUACUGAAGUUGACAUUCUGGUAGACAAGUUUACUAAGAGGGUUAAAUCCUGGAGGGCCAAGAAACUAACCUAUGUUGGACGACUGCAACUAAUCAACUCAGUGCUGCUUGGAGUGGUGCAAUACUAGAUGCAGCUUUUCGUGCUCCCAAAGAAAGCAUUGAGGCGGAUUCAACAGGUAUGCUCUCACUUUCUUUGGCAUGGGAAUGAUGUUGGUAGAGCUAAGGUGGCAUGGGACUUUGUAGCUUUACCAAGGAGGGAGGGUGGACUUGGGAUUAAAGAUCUGUUGGCCUGGAAUCAGGCUUGUUCCAUUCGCAUGCUCUGGUUGUUUCUUAUGAAAGCUGGAGCUCUGUGGGUUGCAUGGAUGUACGAAUACAGAUGUAGGCAGGGGGACCUCUGGUCUUUUAAAGUACAGUAUUGUAGUUCGUGGACUUGGAGGAGGCUUCUUAAACUAAGAAGCAUCAUUCUCCCAUGGAUCCAACAGCAACAGGGCACCUUAUAUUGGGAUUCUCAUGAAAUGCAGGUUUACUCUGUUAGAAGAGUGUGAGAAACAUUGCGCAGGAAAGCUCCCGCUGUCACAUGGCAUAAACUUAUUUGGAGCAGAUACUGUCCCAUGAGAUAUAGUUUGAUCUUGUGGCUGAUAAUGCGAAACGCCAUUACCACAAGGGAUAAAUUGUUGCAGUGGGGGAAAAUCAGGGAUGCUACCUGCCCACUCUAUGGGGUUGAUGUUGAAAGUAGAGAGUACUUAUUUUUUCGAUGCACCUACUCUCAGAGACUGUCUAUGCUGAUGCAUUUCUCAUUUCUCAAUUCUUCAAGCUAGGAGGCCAUGAUACAGAAAAUUGCCACUGCAAUAUGCAGGGACUCUCAUACAGGCCAAUGGCACGCUCUUGUCUGGUGUCUCGCAGUGUCAUUUAUCUGGAAGGAAAGGUUCAGAAUUGUUCAUGGUUCACCCCUCCGCGACCCAGAAACUCUUGCUGAUCUUAUUAGAGUGGACUUAUUGUUCUUAUCUUGUGGAAAAAGAGGAGUUCGAGAUGCACUUACACGCCUUGGAUAAUUAUAGUUUUUAUUUUGCAGCUUUGUAAGUAGUUUUCAUAUAUAGUGAGUGGGAGUGAGUAGCAUAUAUAUUUGUGAGCUACUUGUGGGACUCUUCUUUUUAGGGUUCCACUUUGGUGUAUCGAUUUCCUUUUCUAGCAAUAAAAGCAACUGAUUCAACGGAAAAAAAUAUUACAUACGAAAGGCAGCUGAUUUCGACGAGUACACCCAUCGCAGGCUUACUUAAAAUGAGUUAAAUACCAAUUAACCUUGUCGGUACAACGUAUGGGGCUGUCGUUUUUCCUCUUCGCCGCGCAUACAAGGAUUCCGAGCCCUGAUUUGGCCGUUUGUGCCGGCUUACAUUCCUUAGGGAAUACCAACUUAUAAAUUCGUUUCUCAUUAUUGGAGGGAGUUUCCCCGGCCUAGGAUAGAGUCAGUAACCAAUGGUUACUGACCUAUCAGUAACUAAACCAGGACCGUAGAUCUAGGGACGGAAUCAUCAUAUGGCUGGACUGCACGCGGAGUGAGGAGGGGCAUUUUUGUCCAAUUUUUGAAAUUUGAUUUCUUUCCUUUUUUAACUUUUCCAGCAUUUAUAUGAUGUCUUUUAUGGAGGAAAGAGAAAAACAUACUCUCUCUUCCUCUCUCUUUUCUCUUUCUUUCUUCCUUUCUCUCUUCCAAACUCCUUUUCCAGAUCUAAAUCUCAUUUCUUCUCUUUUUCUUCAUUUGUUUUUCUCCAACAAUCGACAAAGAAAUUGCAGCCUACCACCUCAAAUCCGGUGACGCUCCAAAUCCUUUUUCUCUCAAGCUGCUCCUUCCUUCUGUUUUUUUUCUUUUCACGGCCUCAAAAUCAAUGACACUCUAUACUGUCAAAGAGGGGACAUAUCUAGGUGAGUCAAGUUUGGAUCUUUUGUGUGUUAGUAUUUGUUUGUGAAUUUUCAAUUCUGAUCUUCCUCCUCUUUUUUCUUUCUUUUUGCAUUUGGUAUUCUUGAUUGUGGAGGAGUAAAUGAGAGGAGACAGAAGACGAGUUUUUUUUCUCUUCCUCCUUCUGUUUCCCCCUUCUUUGAGAAUAUAUAUUGAUAUUACCA